GCAGUUCGUGGUGUGACUAAUGCGUGUCAUAUGACUCUGACACAAAUGGAGACAAUUGCAAAUAACAAGAUUCGCUUUUGUAUUUGAGACGGACCGUUUGUACCGAUUUGUUUGGGUACACAAUGCCCCCGACGCUUUUUCAGAAGCUUUUUAACAAGAGAAAUGCAUUAUCGCCUCCACCAAGAUCCAGCAAAGAUGAUCCAGCUUUUAGCUGGCCAAUCACCCAGCUGGAGCCCAGCCAGAUCCGGCUGAUCGUGUACCAGGACUGCGAGCGACGCGGCCGCAAUGUCCUCUUCGACUCCAGCACAAAGAAGCGGGGCGCGGAGGAGACCCCCGUCACGCGGAUGUGUAGCGAGGGCCAGGCCAAGAUGUUUGGAAAGUGCUGCCAGCUGCAUCCUACAGGGGGCAGCAGCAGUUCCCUGGAUAGCUCCUCCUCCUCCUCCUGUGCCUCAGAGAACCGUGACAGCAAGGAGCCGGGCCUCCGCUUCCAGGCCUCGAGAUGCUCGUCUGACGUGGUCAUGCUCGGGGAGAUGAUGUUUGGCUCGGUGGCCAUGAGCUACAAAGGCUCCACGCUGAAGAUCCACCAGAUCAGGUCCCCUCCUCAGCUCAUGUUGAGUAAGGUCUUCACGGCAAGGACCGGAGGUAGUGUGUCUGGAAGCCUAAACAUGUUACAAGACAGCCUGGAGUUCAUUGGAGGGGACCCCAACACCCUGCGGCCCGAUCCCAACAACAGCCUCCUGGGGAAUAUAGGACUCUCUCAGCUCUGCAGUCCUCGUCGGGCCUACUCUGAGCAAGGCCCCCUGCGGCUCAUCAAGAGCGCGUCUUUCUUUUCAGGUCACAGUAACCCCAUGGACAUGCCCGGCCGCGGGAUGUACGACGAGCGGGACAGUGGCAUCGCCAGGUCAGCGUCUCUGAGCAGCCUGCUGAUCACGCCGUUCCCCUCCCCGGGCUCCUCGCUCAGCAGCAGCUGUGCCUCCAGCUACCAGCGCCGCUGGCUGCGCAGCCAGACCACCAGCCUGGAGAACGGGGUCUUCCCCCGAUGGUCGGUGGACGAGAGUUUCAACAUGUCCGACGACAGCGGCGGGCCCGGAUUGGGCGUGGCCCGCAAGAAGAAGAUCGCCAUCGGGGUCAUCUUCCUGCUGUCCCCUGACCCUGAGGAGAACAGGCGCUUCCAGGACUUCUUCUUCUCCCACUUCCCGCUCUUCGAGAGCCACAUGAACAAACUCAAGAGUGCCAUUGAACAGGCCAUGAAGAUGAGCCGGAGGUCCGCUGACGUGAACCAGAGGGCCCUGGCUUACAGCCGCAUGGUGGACGGCCUCAACGAGUUCAGGACGACCAUCUGCGACCUGUACACCAUGCCCCGGGUGGCCGAGCCGGUGUGGCUGACCAUGCGCUCUGUGGCCCCAGAGAGGCAGCUGCUGUGCAGUAACUUCAUGCGGGAGCUGGCCCUGCUGGUGGAGCAGGCCUCCAAGAACCAAUUCCUCCCCGCGUUAUUGACAGCAAUCCUGACCAAUCAUCUGGCCUGGGUGCCUACAGUUAUGCCCAAUGGGCAUCCUCCAAUUAAGAUCUUCCUGGAGAAGCACUCGUCCCAGAGUGUGGACAUGCUGGCCAAGACACACCCGUACAACCCACUGUGGGCCCAGCUGGGCGACCUGUACGGUGCGAUCGGCUCCCCGGUGCGUCUGAGCCGCACGGUGGUGGUGGGCCGGCGGCAGGAGAUGGUGCAGCGGCUGCUCUACGUGCUCACCUACUUCAUCCGCUGCUCGGAGCUCCUGGAGAGCCACCUGCUGGACAGCGUGGAGGACGAGGCCAUCGUCAUGCCCGGCUCCCUCAUCACCACCUCCCUGCGGCGGGGAGAGGUGGAGGAGUCGGACUACGUGCUGAUCACCGUCCACAAGCCCAGCGGCGACUACCUGGGCCAGGCCGCCCCGGGGGCCCCAGGCCCGGACGACGACGACGACGCCGCCGCCCCUGCCGCCGCCCCGUCGGACGGCAGCCAGCAGAGCAGCACCGAGACGGACACGGGGGCGGAGCCCCGCGGUGUGGCCAAGGCGGCACCGGCGGCGGCCAGGGUCACUGUCACGGAUGAGGAGGAGGAGGAGGACGAAGAGGAGGAGGAGGAGGAGGAGGAGGACAGCAGUGAGAGCCAGGGGUCCAGGAGCAGCUUGCUGCAGGCAGGACUAGGGGGGGAGGUGGGCGGGCCGGAGCUGCCCUUGGUCAGUGCAGAGGAGGAAGGGCAGCGCCACAGGAAGUCCGUCCGCCCCCGACAGGAAACCAGGCUGGAGGCAGUGGUCCCUGUGGGCUCUGCGUCUCCCAGUAGAACCCUCCCGGUGCCGGAGCUCCACUCGCCAUCAACACCCAUCACCCCGACAACUCCCAGCCCGGUCAGCCCCGGGGAGAAGGAGGGCCCCGGAGACACGGCGUCGGCCCAUUGCACCCAUCCAAUAAGAAUCCCCGGCCCUCUGACCUUGGGGGUUCCCCUAGAGAAGAAGCCUCCCGAUAAAAGCCCUUCCCCAACGCGCCCCUCUCCGUCGCUGGGGGUUUCCUUGGCGACGCCGGUUUCCAUGGCGACGGGGCCCAUGCAGCUGAUGCGGGGGGAAGAGGAGCAGCCGGCCAACAAGGUCACCUUUCUCAUCGGGGACUCCAUGUCCCCCGAGUCGGACACGGAGAGCCGCAGGAGGAGGGUGGAGGAGGAGUUUAAGAAGCACAAGAAGCAUCUGAAGGAUAAACAACAACAACAACAACAACAACUUCAACCACAACAGCCACCACUACAGCAGCAGCAGCAGGCGGAAGGCUGUGAUUCCCCCAGCAGCAGCAGCGUGCUGCCAGAGGAGCGACUGCAGCCAGGCCGGGACCGGGUGUGCGCCCUGCUGCGGGUCUCCAGUAAGAUGCCCCAGUGGGGGCGUGGCUCCGGCCCGGACGACUACAGCCACUUCGACGAGUACUUCAGCCAGGACCACCCCGUGGAGACCAGGACUAUAGACGACCCGGUGAGCACGCCACCGGGGGUCAGCACCACAGACAGAACGCAUAAAGAGCUGCUGGACCCUUCAGGGGCCCAUCCACCAGCCGGGGCCUCGCAGGGGCCCGCCGCCGCCGCCGCCGCUCCGGAGGCGGAGGCGUGUGCGGGCUCCCAGCUCCGUCGGGGUGUGGGUCCGGUAGAAGGGCCGGUCGCAGGGGACGGCCGGGAGAGGUGUAGGUGUGACUCGACGGAAGGCCACUGCUGCUGCGGGCCGUGUUCUGCCGCGCAGGACCAGGGCAUCGUGGUGUCGGUCACCGCGCCCCAGGACGCCGGGACGACCAAGGGGGACCAAAAGCAGGCGGAGACGGCGCUCGGUGACUGGGACAUCCCGCGCAACGAGAGCCUCGACAGUGCCCUGGGCGACAGCGAGAGCGAGGACACGGAGGACUGGCAGGAGGAGGUGCUGGUGCCCUUCCCUGGGGCGAAGCAGACGGAGACCUAUUCCAAGCCCAGCAUCGCUAACUUCGGGAGGUCGCUGUUUGGCGGCUACUGCCCCACCUACGUGCCGGACUUCGUCCUGCAGGGGAUCCCCUGCGACGAGGCUCUGCGACAGGGCCUGAUGGCUGAGCUGAGCCACGCUGUGCAGCACCCUGUGCUGGACGAGCCCAUAGCCGAGGCGGUGUGCAUCAUCGCCGACACGGACCGCUGGACGGUGCAGGUGGCCAGCAGCCAGCGGCGGGCCACAGAUGUCAACAAGCUGGGGAAGGAGGUGCUGGUGUCUUCCCUGGUCUCCAGCCUGCUGCAGUCCACCUACCAGCUCUACAAACUCAACCUCUCACCCAAUUUUUGUGUAAUGCACCUUGAAGAUCGGCUGCAGGAGAUCUACUUCAAGAGUAAGAUGCUUGCAGAGUACCUGAAGGGCCAGACGAGAGUCCACGUCAAAGAGCUGGGCAUGGUCCUGGGAAUUGAGUCCAGUGACCUUCCCCUCUUGGCGGCAGUGGCAAGCACACACUCCCCGUAUGUGGCCCAGAUCCUUCUCUAAAGCUUUGAGGCCUCCAAGUGGCCAAAAGAGGGUGACAUAGGAAUCCACUGAACAGUGGCCCCCAGAUAGUUGUCUUUUGGUGCAACACACCCGAGAUUGCCCCCUGGCAUUUAGGCUAUUGCUGUUUGCCUUACCGAGAGCUUGUGCAGAGCACAGCUUGUCGGACCAGUGCGGCCUGGGCCUCUUCAUAUCAAAUCUUUGAUGGCUGUAGUUGCAGUAGAAAGUGGUGCAAUUUUUGCACUGUGCCACUAGGGGGUGGCAAAAUACAAGUCUGAAUUGACUGAAGCCCCUGAAAUGACUUAAUUUUGUUGUUUGUUUUUAAUACUUUUUGGACAUGUAAGCCAAAGACUUUAUUAGCUACAGGGCACCAAUAAUGAAAUUGGUUAUCUACGAUGAAGAUGGAAUUUAUUUUUUACAUCUAUUUCUGUACAAUCUUAAAUCCAGAAGUCUGCAGCGGGAAGAUUACCAACGUACUGCAAUGUUUUCUGUUUUUUUACUUCACAGUGAAUAUCUAAGAACACUAUCAGUCUCACAUAUGCCAAUUUUCUUCUCACAUGUUUACAAGUGAACUACCCUAGAUACUAUUUUAAGGGUACAUGUGUGUUUGCAAAUGUGUUUUUAAAGUAUAAUUUAUGCUUUCUUAGGGUAGUAAUGGCUGCAUGGUGGGUUUUAAUUUUAUUUUUAAAUUACCUGAAAACUGGUUUCAAAAGCUGUAAGGGUAUGCUAUGACAUUCUUCUCAUAAGAUUCAUACUACCUUGGACCACAAUGCAAGCGUUUGAAAAUAUAUGACCCAUUCAUUAUUCACUGCCUUAAAAACAGAAAUCCAUUUAGGUACACAAAUACAAUGUUGUUCUGCUCUGGCUGACUUGCGUAAACAAGACGUCUCUGCUUUGCUCUCGAUGGUAUACAAAAAGGGAAGUUAAUUUUGCUUAAAGGGGCCCUCACAACUGUGGAAACUAAGGAGUCAUAUGCAAUGACACGGAAACCCAGAAAUGCUGAAAUAUGUCCACAUGCUUCGUUGCUUUGCCACCCUUGUGAUGUUUACAGUAGUAAUGUGUUUUGAGGUCUUGUUAAUGUUGAUUGAUGAUGGAUUUUUUUAUAAACAUAUUUUAAAGUAUCAAAUAGGAAAUUAUGGAGGCGUACCCGUUCAUUUUGACUUUUGACAAAAAUCAAACGUUUAUCUUCCAUUAGCAGUGUUUGUGUGUGUAUGGAGGUAUGUUUGAGGUGUGCUUUGUCUGUGUUAGCUCUAAAAUGGAAUCGGCUCCAACUUAAACAAAACGACAAAGAUAGUGAUUUAAUUUUCUUUAGUAAUUUCUAUCGCCCUAUGCUCUGGUCAUUAUGUUUAAGCUCUGGGGAGGGGGGGGGGGGGGGGGGGGCAGUCCUGGCGACAAGCCCGCAACAAAUUUCAUAUUUUAUGAGAGUCUGCAGGCGAUUACAGCCAUUAUUGCUUAUUAUAUACUCGCCGCACUAUGCCAGCCAGACAAGAUAAAUUGUUGGAAGUACUUCAGAAAGGGUGAAGCAGAUGCACACAUGCAGGCCCUGAGUGUACCAAAAUAAUGGAAACUUUUUAUUUAUAGAGCACUUUUACAUACAUGCUUCACAGGGUUACAGGAUACAUUUAUAGCGGAUAAAAUAACCCUGAAAAGAUGAAUAUUUUUUUUAUCAAACAAAGUUGAAUAAAAACGAGUGCAUAAUUAUUUAAAUGCCAAGGAAUAUUUAGAAAUCAUUUAUAUUCUAAAUUGUGCAAGAUGUCUGUUUAUGAACUGAAACUAGGAACAAUAUCCGUGAGGAAGGCUUCAAAUCCUAUCAAGUCAUUUUGUGUAUGGUGUCCACAGUUAGGUCAUGUCUAUUUCAUGACCAGGUUUCCUCUGCACCUAAAGUGGAAGAUAAGCGAGUCAAUAAGUCGAUUGGAUCCUUUUUAUUCAUUUCGAAAAAGCAACUUUUACACGGUUUAAUUACUCAAUGCAUCAUUUUUGUUUGACAUGAAAUGAUCAAAAGCUAUAAAACUAUCAUUUUGAUUACCUAACUUUGCGAAUUGAAGGGAGAUUUUGUGGCUGCAGCUGGAUAUCAUUGGCUAUACAAUUCAUUUACAUCUACUGUAAAGAGGAAAUAUUAAAAUCCAUAAAAGGAAUGUUAGCCGCAUAUCCACUGCAAUGAACUUCCAUCUCAACUCACUGAACUGUGUAAUUCUGCAAAUACAAAAAGGGAACCCUAUUUUUUUUUUUUUUUUCUUCGAGGUUUUCUGUUUGGGACGUCCGAUUGAUGUAAGGCAGAAUUGGGUUUUCUUUAUUUUUUCUUCGGCUGAUAGUAGAAACCUCAAAUGGCAUGUGGUGUCUGAAUCUAAAGCUCCACAUUCUGGAUAGGAUGUACCUUACGGUCGAGGAAUCCGCUUCUGUAUUUGUUGUCCAGUCAUUUGGCCAAGCUUUGAGAAGACUAUAUUUCGACACAUAUUAUUUUAGGCAACAUGAAUAAUACAUCUACUUGGCCAUGGUGUGUUUAACGGUUCAUGUUAUUUGUAUAUAAUUGGUCUACUUCCAUUUAUUUGUACAGAUUGUUUAUAGGAAUUUGUUCUUUUUUGAAUGAUCCUUUUCCCAAUUUUAUGGGAAUAUUGUGCAAUAAAAAGUUGAUAAAAGGGA